AUGGGCUCGGACCGGGACGUUUCAGAGAAGAGGGAUUUUUCACCGAAACUCGAGAAACUGAAACUCUUCCUUGAGAAAAAUACGAAAAAACUUGAGCGAGAAACGCAGGAAAAUCUCAACAGACAAAGGGAAGCGGAGAAGGAGCUUGUGAGAGUAAGGUUUUUGAAUUGGGCAAUUGCCAAGUCUGGGCAAGAAAAUCUGCUUUACAGUCAAAAAUAUGCACUGGAAGAGGAGAAUCAGGAGCCACUGGACAUUGAUAAAGUAGAAAAAGUUCUCCAAAACUUCCUGUCCGUCAUGAACACUGUUGCGUCGAGAUACCCAGGCGAAGAAAAUGCGCUGAAAAAGCUUCUAGAAGAAAAACGAACCCGAACUAAAAUUGAGAAAACGCGAGAGUGGCGAUGUGCGAGUAUCGCCAAUGGAGAAGUCAUUUCCCAUGCUAACUAUGAGAGUUUGAAGAAGCUUAAUCUACAAAAAGCUGAAAUUUUGGAAAAACGAAAUGAAGCCGUGAAGAGAUUCAGCGAUGAAGACGAGACGAAAAAUGAAGUUCUCCUCGAAUUCUUGGAAAUUUACAAGAAAACAAAGGAUAUUGAAGGCGACCGAGUUGUUCCUGUCCCACUCAAGCUAGAAAUGUCAGAAAUCCGCGAAGGAAUAAAACAAAUUGGGAACAAGAACUUGGAGGUUCUCGACGCUGCUCUUCUUCGAAUGAAACCUCUGCUUGAUCCGAUUUUAGCUCAAUUCAGCGCCUUUGAAGUUCUCAAAAAAAACAACCUGGUGCUCGAUGACCUCCUCGAUCGAUACGAAAAAGGAACAAUGUUUCAGAAGUCCGAAAUCAUGCACAGCAUGCUAAUCACUGAUGAGCAAACCGUAACGAGCGCGUCACAAGAGAACUCGAACGGUCACGACCACGAGAUGGCUACCAAUGGCGCUGAAGAGAUUGAUGAGUCGCUGUAUUCACGGCAGCUCUAUGUUCUUGGAGCCGAUGCGAUGAAAAAAAUGUCCAAGUCCAGCGUUUUGAUUGCUGGAUUGGGACCCUGCGGCGUGGAAGCAGCAAAGAACAUCAUCCUCGGAGGAGUGAAAAAGGUCACCCUCUGGGACAAUCAGAACGCUUCCUGGUUCGACAUGGGCGCUCAUUACUACAUGAAAGAAGCCGACGUCACUUCCAGCCAGAACCGAGCGGCUUGCUCCUUCCAGCAGCUCAAGGAACUUAAUCCUUACGUCUCCGUCGAGAUUUCUGACUCGCCUGAGCUUACUGAAGCUAUGAUCACGGAACACAAUGUUCUCUUGCUUACAGACACCAUCAAUGUCGUUGGACAAGAUGAAGAAAAGCUCCUUGCUCUUGGAGAUCUUUGCCGAGCCUGUAACACCAGCGUUAUUCUGGCCGAAGCUGCUGGCCUUGCUGGACGAGUCUUUUGCGAUUUCGGGCAAAACCACACCGUUGUCGACAAGGACGGCGCAGAGCCCAAACAAGUUCUCAUUUCCUCUGUCGUUCGUGAUGGCGACUCUUUCACCGUCUCUUGUCACGACGAAGUCCGCCACGAGCUUGAAACCGGCGAGUUUGUGUCUUUUACCGAGAUUCAAGGACUCGAAGGCCUUCUCAACCGAGAAUUCGAAAUCCGUGUCACUGGGCCGUUUGGCUUCACCAUCCCAGCCGAUGGAAUUACUGGAGAAAAGAGCACAACAACUGGCUGGCUUCAUCAAGUCAAAAAGCCGAUCAAUUUGAGCUUCAACACUUUGCGACAGGAAAUGACCUCGCCCAGUGACUUUGUCCUCACGGAUUUUGGCAAGUUCGAGCGGCCAGCCACUUACCACGCUUGCUUCCGAGCUCUUGCAAAGUUCCAGGCUGAAGCCAACGAUCUUCCAAAGCCGCACGACGAGGCCGAUGCUACGAAAUUCAUCAACCUUGUCAAUGGAAUCCACGGAUCUGAACUCGAUGGAGCCGAAAAAGAAGCGGCAAAGAAGUUCGCCUUCACGGCUCGAGCUAAACUUCAGCCUGUUUCCUCAGCCAUUGGCGCUAUUGCUGCCCAGGAAGCUGUCAAGGCCGUUUCUGGCAAGUUUUCACCUAUCAAGCAAUGGUGGUACGUUUGUCUCCAAGAGUGUCUCCCGAGCACUCCGGUUACUGAUGCCAAGGUUGCUGAUAACCGAUAUGCGUCUCAAAUCGCCGCUUUUGGCCAAGGCUUCCAGGAUAAAAUGCUCAAGCAAAAAUGGUUCCUUGUUGGCUCUGGAGCGAUCGGCUGCGAAUUGCUCAAAAACUUCGCGAUGAUGGGACUUGGAAAUUUAAUCGUAACAGACAUGGACACAAUCGAACGAUCUAACUUGAACCGACAGUUCCUCUUCCGCUCUUGGGAUGUCGGUAAACACAAGGCCCAGGCCGCUGCCGAGGUUGUCAUGCGAAUGAAUCCUGAUAUGAAGGUCGAGGCGCAGAACAACCGCGUUGGCGAGGACUCUCAGGAUAUCUACAACGAUGAGUUCAUGGAAUCCCUCGAUGGUGUUGCAAACGCUCUUGAUAACGUGGAUGCACGACUGUACAUGGACAGAAGAUGUGUUUACUACGGUAAGCCUCUUCUCGAGUCUGGCACCCUUGGAACAAUGGGCAACACUCAAAUCGUUGUCCCAAGAGUCACCGAGUCCUACGGCUCCUCCCGCGAUCCACCAGAGAAAUCCAUUCCCAUCUGUACUUUGAAAAAUUUCCCAAAUGCCAUCGAGCAUUGCCUUCAGUGGGCGCGAGAUAACUUUGAAGGACUGUUUACUGGACAGGCUGGCUCUGCGAAACAGUACCUUUCCGAUCCCGCCGACUUUGUCGCAAAAACUGAGAAGCUGCCCGGCAACGAGCCAAUCACCACUGCCCAGGGAGUCGUUGACUUCCUCAUCGACCAAAAACCAAAUGACUUCAAUGACUGCAUCGAAUGGGCGCGCCACAGAUUCGAAGAGAACUACGUCACCACCAUUCUCCAGCUUCUUCACAAUUUCCCUCCAGAUCAGAAGACUUCCACAGGUGCUCCAUUCUGGUCUGGUCCAAAGCGAUGUCCAAAAGCGCUCAAAUUCGACCCUGCCGACGCAACUCACCGUGAUUACGUCGUUGCUGCUGCCUACUUGAGAGCCGAAAACUACUCAAUUGCGCCGACAAAAAUGUCCAAUGACGAACUUGCCAAGUUCGCCGCUGGCGUCAAGGUUGCGGAAUUCAAGCCAAAGCAGGUCAAGAUCGCUACCACCGACGCUGAAGCAAAGGCCGAGGCAGAAGCUGGUGGUGGAUUUGAUGGAGAUCAGCUGAACAAUUUGUUUGCCAAGCUCCCAUCAGAUGCUUCCAAGGUGGCUGAGUUGAACUCACAGAUCGUCCCAGCUGACUUCGAAAAAGACGAUGACUCGAACCGCCACAUCGAUUUCAUCGUCGCUUGCUCGAAUCUCCGAGCGGCCAACUACGGAAUCGAGCCAGCUGAUCGUUCAAAAUCUAAGCGAAUUGCUGGCCGAAUUAUUCCUGCUAUCGCGACAACAACCGCCCUUGUCGCCGGUCUAAUCUCUGCCGAGCUUUACAAGAUCGUCAACGGAAUCGACGACAUUGAAAAGUAUCGAAAUACUUUCAUGAAUCUCGCGAUUCCAGCGUUUUCCUUCUCCGAGCCCAUGGCUCCACCAAAGAACACUUAUUUGGGAGACCAGCACUGGACCCUCUGGGAUCGAUUUGAUAUCGACGGACGAAAAGAAAAUGGCGGAGAGAUGACAAUUGGCGAGCUCCUCGACCAUUUCAAGAAUGAUAGGAAGCUUGAGGUCCAGAUGCUGAGCUCUGGAGUUACACUUCUCUACUCCUUCUUCCUCAACCCGCCGAAGAAGAAGCAGGACCGACUUGCCAUGACUGUCAGUGAGGCAGUGAAAACAGUCGGCAAAAAAGAAAUCGGCGCGCACGAGCGAUACCUCGUACUUGACGUCUGCUGCAAUGACCUGACAGAAGCCGAAGAAGAUCAAGACGUUCCAUAUGUUCGCUAUCGUUUCCGAUAG